GUUGUAUGUGAGUGUCUGUGUGGUUGUGAGCGGCCCCUCUAUGAGUGAGUGUGUCUAUGGUUGUGGGAGAGGCAGCAGUGCAUGCUGGGUAGACUCAGCUGUGAUGUAAACAGUUAGGUACAGGGUAAGUUGUUUUCCUUUUCACUCGCUGCCAUUUUGCUGAUAGACCGCUCCAAUCGUGAUGUCCACCAGUCAGCAAGUUUCAGAUAACGAUGCCUGGGCAUUGUUGGCGCUGAAAAGUGCGCCAUCCAGUCCGUCAAAAGUAAAUUGGAACCCAGAGCCGGAAGGACCAGUUUUGGCCCGGCUUGAAGGCCGUGACUUUGAGUAUACGAUGCGGCAAACACGGAUCGUCAUCGGUCGGAACAGCAGCAAAGGCGAGGUGAACAUCAACGUUGGUCACUCCAGCUUUAUAUCGAGGAAACAUCUCGAGCUUUGUUAUGAACCACCGAACUUUUUUAUGAAAUGUUCAGGCAAGAACGGAGUCUUUGUUGACGGCAUAUUCCAGCGGAAAGGCCUAUCGCCUUUACAACUACCCAAAACUUGUGUCCUAAGAUUUCCCAGUACCAACAUAAAAAUAGUUUUCCAGUCUUUAUUAAAUGAUGAAGAAAGUUCUCCUCCUAGUCCUAUGAAAAAGAAGAAUCUACCUCUAAAAUUGAACAUUCCCGAUGUAACUGAUGGUGUAUUUAACAGUCCGUGUCCUUCACCCACAGGAACUAUCAGUGCGGCAAAUUCUUGUCCAAACAGCCCUCGGGGUGGUUCAAGUCAUCGCCUUGUGCCAGAUCUUGGUGAAGCAGUUUAUGCUGCACAUGCAAAAGAUGAGAAAGAUGGCCCACAACUCUCUGGAGAAAGCCCUAAGGACGAAUCAAAACCACCAUAUUCAUAUGCCCAACUCAUUGUUCAAGCUAUAUCUUCUGCUCCAGACAAACAACUUACAUUGAGUGGGAUUUAUGCAUAUAUCACAAAGAACUAUCCAUAUUAUCGAACAGCUGACAAAGGAUGGCAGAAUUCCAUUCGUCACAAUCUUUCUUUGAAUCGGUAUUUUGUUAAAGUUCCACGGUCUCAGGAAGAACCAGGUAAAGGUUCUUUCUGGCGAAUCGACCAAGCAUCAGAAAGUAAACUUACUGCUCAGGCAUUUAGACGAAGAAGGCAAAGAGGAGUACCAUGCUUUAGAACUCCUUAUGGUGGCCUGUCUACAAGAUCUGCACCAACAUCGCCAAGCCAUGUAAGUGGGGCAUUUACUCCUGACAGCCUUUCUCGGGAUAGUAGUCCAAUCCCAGAAUCAGUCCCCGAAACGGAGGUUAUAACAACACCAAAUAGUAAUCAACAGCAAGUUAAUAGUCGCAUCACUUCAGAAUUACGUGUUAGCCAAUCAGCUCCAGGUUCACCAUCAGCUUUUCUGAUGACACAUGGUUGUAAUACAAGGCAACUUGUUUGUAUUCCAACAGCAUCACAUAUCAUAACAGGACCAUCAAUGACAACAGCAGCUGUAGCUACAUCUUUGUCAACUAAUGCCCCUUCAGUUCAUCAACUGCCUACAGUUAUCAAGCCUAAAGUGCUAGUGUCUGAACCCGCUAGAGUUAUUGUAAAUGGACCCAGCUCCUCAGGACAUACAGUAGUAUUAACAAAUGGCGCUGAUUUUGAAUUGAAAAAAGAAACGGUGAUUACUCAAGAUGGUACUCUGAAUGCAAGCAACACAACAGGAUCUACAAUAGCAAGUGCUGCAAACCAAGUGUCAAUGGUGAAAAGUAUGAACAAAACACCAUACACCGCAGUUGCUGUUAAUGUGAUUGCACCACCUCAGCAAAUUCAGACUGCAAAUAGUGUUGUUGUGAAUACAGCGCUACCAUCAGCUACACACUCUUUAUUGUCGCAAGGAAGAAGUCAAUCUGUAGUUUCAGAUUCUGCUGCAGCAGCAGCAGCUGUUCUUCAAAUGGCAGCCAUGGGAAGCGGAGAAGUUGGGACAACUUCUUUCUCCUCAAUAGUGAUGCCAAACAGUAGUGCUGGUUCUGUGCAUAAGCAAGAUGGAGAAGACAGCCGCUUGGACGAUUUGCAUAAUUCUAAGAAAAUGAAGUUGGACACAGCAUCGGCUGCUGAAAAAUGCUAAUUAAAAAAGAAAAAGCAAAAAAAAAAAGUAAAACAAAAUGAAAAAAAAAAGAAGCAUAAAACAAAAUGUUAGGAACCCCCCACCCCCCAAAACAAAGAAACAA